AUGUUGUCUGAUGCUGAGAAAAGGAAGCAAAUAAGUGUUAGAGGGAUUGCUCAGUUGGAAAAUGUGACAAAUCUUAAAUCUGACUUCAACAGACACCUGCAUUUUGAUGGUGUUAAAGAUAGGAACGUCGCAACGUCCCUCGAUUUCUAUCAAGCGUUAGCACGUACAGUUUGGGAUCAUCUUUGCUCUCGAUGGAUUCGAUCUCAGCAGUUUUACCAUAGAGAGGAUCCAAAGCGCAUAUACUAUUUGUCCUUAGAAUUUUACAUGGGACGCACUUUAACCAAUACAAUGCUGAAUGUAAAUAUUGCUGCUGCAGUAGAUGAGGCGAUGUACCAAUUGGGACUGGAUAUUGAGGAACUAGAGGAAAUGGAGUCUGAUGCUGGUCUUGGCAACGGUGGGUUAGGACGUCUAGCUGCCUGUUUCUUGGAUUCCAUGGCAACAUUAGGGUUGGCCGCUUAUGGAUAUGGCAUCCGUUAUGAUUAUGGCAUUUUUGAACAGUCUAUUCGUGAUGGCUGGCAGGUUGAAGAACCCGACGAGUGGUUACGCUUCGGAAACCCUUGGGAAAAAGGUAGACCAGAAUAUUGCUAUCCUGUCAAUUUUUACGGGCGUGUUGAAGAUGCUGGAAAUGGACGUAGACGAUGGGUUGAUGCUCAUCCAGUCUUUGCAAUGCCCUAUGACACCCCAGUUCCAGGGUAUAGAAAUAACACUUGCAAUACUCUUCGGCUGUGGUCUGCCAAAGCUCCAAAAAGUUUUGAUCUCGGUAUAUUUAAUAUGGGUGAUUACAUAAACGCUGUAUGUGCACGUAAUCAUGCGGAAAAUAUAUCCAGAGUUCUUUAUCCAAAUGACAAUUUCUUUGUUGGGAAGGAACUUCGCCUUCGUCAAGAGUAUUUCUUAGUUGCUGCCACUUUGCAGGAUAUAAUUCGGCGUUUUAGAAGUAAUGAUUCCCACCAUCGAUCUGACUUGGAAGGUUUAGAGUGGAAAAAAGCAUGGGAUAUAAGUUACCAUACAUUUGCGUAUACAAACCAUACAAUCUUACCUGAAGCAUUGGAACGUUGGCCUGUCACAUUAUUGGAGCAUAUAUUACCACGUCAUUUAGAAAUUAUCUAUCAAAUUAAUGCUGAGUUCUUAGAUAUUGUACGUGCGAAAUGGCCAAACGAUGAUGACCGUAUUCGUCGUAUGUCAUUGGUAGAAGAAGAAGGCGAAAAACGUAUUAAUAUGGCCUACUUGUGUAUUGUAGGAUCUCACACAGUUAAUGGAGUCGCAGCAAUACAUUCACACUUAUUGAAAACUCAAACUUUCAAAGAUUUCGCUGAAUUAUGGCCAAAUAAAUUUCAGAAUAAAACAAACGGUAUUACACCUCGUCGUUGGUUGCUAUUAUGUAAUCCAAAUUUGUCAGACUUAAUUAUGGAAGGAAUGAAUGGCAGUGAAUCAUGGAUUGUUAACCUUAACGAAAUCGCUCAGUUAAAAUCACGUGUAAAUGAUGUUAAUUUUCUACGUCAGUUGAUACGUAUCAAACGGGAAAACAAGGCUAAAUUUGCUUCUUAUCUGGAACAACAUUAUGGUGUAACAAUCAACCCGGCAUCUCUAUUUGAUAUCCAAGUCAAAAGAAUUCACGAGUACAAACGUCAACUAUUAAACUGCUUACAUGUCAUCACUUUGUACAAUCGUAUUAAAGCUAAUCCUGAAAUGCCAAUCUGUCCACGUACAGUUAUGAUUGGGGGUAAAGCUGCUCCAGGUUAUCAUAUGGCCAAACUUAUUAUCAAGUUGAUCAAUUCCGUAGGUAAAGUUGUCAAUAAUGAUCCAGUUGUACGUGGUAGAAUUAAACUUAUUUUCCUUGAAAAUUAUCGUGUAUCUUUGGCUGAAAAAAUAUUCCCUGCCGCUGAAUUGUCAGAACAAAUUUCUACAGCUGGUACAGAAGCGUCGGGUACCGGUAACAUGAAAUUUAUGCUUAAUGGAGCUAUGACUGUUGGUACUAUGGAUGGAGCGAACGUAGAGAUGUGUGAAGAAAUGGGUCGAGAGAAUAUGUUUGUAUUCGGUCUAACCGUAGAGCAAGUUGAUGCUCUUCACAAAGUUGGCUAUCAUCCACAAGAAUAUAUUGAAAAAGAACCAGAAUUGAAAUUAUGUCUGGAGCAAAUUCGGGAUGGCUUCUUCUCUCCGGAAAAUCCACAUCUAUUUAAAGAUAUAUAUAAUAGCUUAGCGUUUGAUGAUCGCUUCCUGCUAUGUGCAGAUUAUGCAAGUUAUAUACGUGUGCAACAAGAAGUUGAGGAAGCUUACAAAGAUGAACUAAGAUGGUCAAAAAUGAUGCUUAUGAAUAUUGCUUCUUCCGGGAAAUUUUCUUCUGAUCGUACUAUACGUGAAUAUGCUCGAGAUAUAUGGGGUGUUGAGCCAUCAACCAUUAAAUUACCACCUCCAUUUGAACCAGCUAUAGAAAAGAAAUAG